CACAGCUUGGCCUCAAUCCUGCCUGAUUCUUUUGCUUCCUGCCUAAUUUUUGCGCUUAUUUUCUCCUCUCACCAGUUAUGUAAAGUACUUCGCGCUUUGUAGCCUUUAUUUUAUUUUCAGUUUUUAUAUAAUGAGGCUGCUUUCCGUAUAUUCACCAAAAAACACGUAUUUUCCCCCCGGGAUAGAUUUCUCAAACAGCAGCCUACGGUUUGCUUGUUUGUUGCUUUCAAGGAAUAUGGACUAAUUGAGAAACCGUAUAAAUGUACCUGCCGUCGAGGGGAUAUCCUGCGUUUGUAAUCGAAGAGGUGUGUGUGCCCUGGGUGCAGUCCAGCCUGUGCUGUGGUGGCGAUGAAGAGCCCCGGAGCUGCAGAGACCCGGCGGCUGGUCGUCCUGCUGGAGGCAGCCCUGCUGAGGGAGGCUCGUCUCUGGAAGGUACCGGUCUUCAAGAAUGGAUGCAUCCAGGGUGCUGACGUCUCCUCAUCCCAAUAUCAAGAAAUUAUCUUUUGGCUUGGAGAGAUGAACCGGCUGUUCCACUUCUGUCCAGAAACGUUUGCACUGGGAGUCUGUGUCCUUAACCGACUGCUGUCCACUGUCAAGGCCCAACCCAAAUACCUGAAAUGCAUUGCUUUCACCUCGUUGGUCCUGGCUGCCAAAAUCAACGAGGAAGAUGAGGUAAUAGGUUCUGUUCAAGACCUGGUUGUGCAGAGCGGAUGCAGCUUCUCAACAGCUGAGAUUCUUCGCAUGGAGAGGAUCAUUCUAGACAAGCUGCAAUGGGACUUGUACACCGCAACGGCAGUCGACUUCAUUAACAUAUUCCACGCCCUGCUCGUCUCCGGCCACCCUCACCUCGCUCCGUCCAUCGGGCUGGGUUCCGCCUCGGACCCCGGGUCGCCUGCCGCGGGGCCGGGGCUUCAGAAGAGGCCCGCGGGGCUCCAGGCGGCGUUGUGGACCAGGCAAGUGCAGCACUGUAUGGCCUGCCACCAGCUCUGGCAGUUCAAGGGCUCCACAUUGGCCUUGGCCAUCAUCACCUUGGAGUUGGAGGUGCUCACGCCCGAUUGGUUCUCCGUAUUUACCAACCUGCUGAAGAAAGCGCAGGUGGACAGUGGCGAGUUCAUCCACUGCAAAGAAAUGGUGGACGAAUACCUUCAGAGCCUGGAGUUCUCCCUGCCGCCCAACGCCGUCUACAUCUUCAACAGCGCCCUGAUCCCAGACCAGCAGCGAGCCUGGAACCCCACGCUGCGCCUCAGGAGGGGGCGGGGGGGCUGCGCACAGCAGGGGGACACGGACGAGUUCUACGACGGCUUCAGGUGUUUGUACAGCGAGGAGACGACUCAGCAGGGAAACAAUGUCGAUUCCCAGCAGAAAAACGUCUCGCCCUGCCCGCCUCUGCACCCCGCCCUCAACUAGAGGGACGUUUAUUCACACCGUCCUCCCAUCUCACAUGGAGAAUGUCCAAUAUACUGUAGUUCAGCACAUCUAACAACCUCAUUUGCAAGCUCUGAUGUUACAGACGUUAACCGAGAUGUUCAACCUGCAAAAUUUUUUAGAAAUUGGUUCAAAAGAAGAUAUAAUUUUGGAUUCUACCGUGCACUUGUCCACACAGAAGUCUGGAGGUGUGUAUGGAUCGGAGGUAUUCUGACGCUGUUACUUUUUUUUUAGCGGGACAGAAAUUAUGUUUCUCUUUGGUGCAGAGUUAACGGUCCAUUUAAGUUCUCAAGCUAUUAUUAUUAUUGUUAUUUUUAAUAUUAUUAUUGCCAUAUUUUUUACUUUUAAACAUACCUGUCCUUAAAUAUCCUCCACAAAUGGUUCAAGUGUGAGGUCAAAGAAGAAGGAUUAGGCAGUUAUGUGUGUUUUUAUGAGUGUGGUUGAAGCCCAAGAGCGGCUUUUUUUUAAUGUUUGUGAGUUGAUCCUGAUUUAGUUUGAUGUGAGGUGUCUUGGUGUUCAGGUUCCUCCAAGGACCACGUAGCACCUUGAGAUAAAGACAAGCUUUUUUUUUUAUUAAAUGCUAAAAAUAUAUAUUUUUUCACAAGCUUUUUAUUAUUAUUAUUUUAAUAUUUUACCUUGUACUCAUUUGUUGUAUUUUAUUUAGCAAUUAUUUACAAAAGCUACAUUUUCCAAAAUGUUUAAUUUCCUGACUAAAUGCUGCACAUGUUUUUAUUUCAUUAAUGCUUCAGUCUGUACUGAUUUGGUUAAUGUGACUGUUAUUGCAUAUCAAACAAAGCAGGAGCACCUUUGGGAGAUUAGUUUAAUACUAGAGCAGAACAACAUGAAAUCACCUGAUUGAUGAUCCCAGGAUUACUGAUUUAAAUAUUUCUUUUUAAUUAUUUCAUAAUGUAUGACAGUGCCACAAAUCAUACACCAAAUAUUGUCAAAGUAUUGGGGAUAGAAAUAUCCUGUUUUUAUUUGUAAAUACCACAUAUUUCUGUUUCAUCCCGAUACUGAAAUGUCUCCUCAACGGGUACAAAAUAUUAUGUUUUCAAUUUAAACUGACUCUCUGCUGCCUUACUGUGUUCAGAGAGGUCAGAAACGUGAGAUAAUGUGAACCAGUUACUGUCCGUUUCCUCAACUGUGAAGUCUGUUGCAUUUAUCAAGUCAGGCUGGAAGCAGCACAGUGACCAAUGUCAAGGUUGUUUUCAUUUCCAUUUCUUCAUUUAAUGAGGCAGCUAUCUUUAUCAUCUGGUCAACCACAGAAAUAAAGCUAUGACUUGAAAAGUCUAAAGUGG